ACAAUGCGCGCUUCACCAGGCGAGGACCACAACAGCUGUAAAGUAACUUGACGAAAUAAAAACGACAUAAGAAAACAAAAGUUAUUAUUUGACCUUGCUUGUCUUUGAAUAGCUUGCUUUCUGUUUCUUGGGAUACGUGUUGUUGUAUGGAAUGUACGAGUUGUUGCUUUCUCACAAGGAUUGAUAAAUGAUAAACGGUUCGGAUGUUCGCGCGGAUGGUUCACGAAAAUGAACACAGAUUUUAAGAAGCCUCCUCUUGCUCCUAAACCAAAGCUUGUGAGUCACCUCUCCUUCAAGCUGCCAUCCCCACUCAUGUCCCGGCCCUGCUCCUCAGCCAGGGGCCCCAAACCUCCCAUUGCCCCCAAACCCAAAGUACCACAUGACAUUGAGGGGCGUGACUCUUCCCUGUUCUCCAACAACAGCCAGGAGGGGUGCGCCAACAGGGACCUGCUGCCCUCAGACGAGGAGCUGGACCAGGAGAACGAGCCAGAGGACUCUCUGAGUGGAGGGGAGGGGCUAGAGGGGGAGCCAGUGGAAACUCAGUAUUCUUCAGACACUCUCAGUUCAGGGGUCAACGAGAAUGGGUAUGAAGAGCAGAGGGAACAGGAGGAAAAGAUGAUGCAGGAGGAAGAGGAGGACUGGAGUUUAACUGACAGGGUUCAAACAGAGGAGGUGGAUUCUUUGGAAAUGCUGACGGUCAGUAAUGCUGGAUUCACAAUUGACUCAGAGGACACGGUGGAGAUGAUCGAUUCGUACAUCAAUGAUGACAUCGACGCUGAGGGCAGCUAUGCAGGCGAGGCGCUGGCCGACAAAGAUGGCCUCUCAGUGUGCAACCUCUCCAUAACCAGCAUUGAGGAGGAGGAGUCAGCAUGCUACCCCUGUGAAACUGGGCCUGGGAAAGAGAAGAGGGAUGUAGAGGAGGAGAGGGAGCAGGAGGUGGAGUGCCGAAGAGAGGAAGAAAAAGAAGCAGCUGAUAGCACAGCAGACGAAGUAACAGAAUCUCUUUCUGAGGAACCCAUAGCUCUCAUCAAAGACAACAAAGAUGACCUUGUUACCCAAGAGCCUUCAUUCUUCAAGGAGGAUGAGGAGGAAGCAGAGGAAUCCUUACCUAACCCUGGUAGUCCUCACAAUGUCCUACAGGAGGACGAUGGAAAUAAUGUAAUUGGUCCCUCAAAUGAGAGAGUAGAAAGGUACCAACCAUUUUCCAUCAUUGACGAAGACCCCAUGACUAUUCAGUACAAAAUGGAAGGAGGUGAGUGCCAACUAAGCCACCAUAAAGCAAAUCAACUCUUUGAGACAGAGGAAGAAGCAGCUGACCCCAGCCUGGAGCCUUAUUACAUCUCAACUGAGGACAUCGUGAACCCAGAGCAGAGCCCCACAGAGGGCAAAGUUCACAGAUUGGCAGAAAGUGAGAGCACUCCGGAGGAAUCUUCACUGGCCACCACAGAAACCAUGGAACCCAGUAAGUAUUCAGCCAUAGGUGACAAUGACUCGCUGUGUGAUGACUCUGACGACAUGGGGAAGAUUGAGUGUGUCUCCUCUGAGGACUACGUUGAGAUAGAUGAUGAUGAUAAUGAUGACAGGGAGAACAUGACAGGUCCAUGUCAGAGAAGGAUGCCUGGAUUCCAGACGGUGGAGGCUUUCUUUAACCAGAGUAACAACCAGCCCCGUUUCAGGCUGCUGUCCAUCUCUGUGCCAGCGGACACAGAGACCUCCCAGGUCUUGUUGUACUCUGACAGCCAGCUGCGCUCCCCAGAUGACUCUGAUGUGUUCAGGGAUGAGGAGGACCUAGAGGGCCACAUCAUUCCCUACCUGGAUGAGACAACAGACACAGAAGAGAACCUCAGUGAUGAGCAUGUCUACGAAGAGGCCGGCCUGGACUCAGAGGGGGAGAAUUUCCUGCCUUUUGACAGGAAGUCCAUUGUCACCAGGUCCCGGUCACUGUCGGGGAAAGUGCCUGGUUAUGUACCUGAGACUGUCCCUGAGGAGGCGGGCUCAGAGUUCCAUGUUCAGAACAACUGCGAGGUGGGAUUGGACCGGAGGGGACCCGCAUUGAGCAGCAGCCCCAUGUUAAACUCAACCCGGGCCAAGAGCUCAUCCAAACCACAUCGCUUUCUCCUGUACCCCCGCUCGUUCUCCAUGAAGGGACGUGACCUGCCCCUAAGUGUGUACAGGGAGGGCCAGGGUUCCCCGGGGGAGAGGAGGGAGGACAGCCUCUCUCUGCCGUGUGUCACGGGCUCUUCUGGAAGCUUCUCCCAGCGAAGCCCCCUGCCCUCCAGCGGCCUGUCCACCCCUACAUCAAUGGUGGACAUCCCUCCUCCCUUCGAGCUGGCCUACAUCACCAAGAAGCCCAUCACCAAAAGUUCUCCGUCCCUGUUCAUCGAGGGAGACUCCCCAGACAGGCGGAAGAAGAAGAAGUCCUCCUUCAAGCACUUCCUGAUGUUGAAAUUCAGGAGAAAGACGGAGAGCAAGCUGCUGGUGGAUGUCAACGUGUCCUCCUCCAGGUCCUCCUCUGAGUCCAGCCACCACGGCCCUGCCAGGGUCCUUGAUUCAGACAGGCGCAGCACAGGCGGCUCCCCGCAGCUCAAGUCCUGGACAGUCAGUAAGCCCCAGCUCUCUCCAGAGUCCCCAUCCACCUUUCUGUUCUAUAAGGACGGGAAAAGAAAAAGGGGUUCUGUGGCUUUCCUCAACCGCAGCGUGGCCCGGGUAGAGUCCUUCGAGGAUCGCACUCUCGCCCCCUUCACCCCCCUCCCCCUGACUAAACCCCGCUCCAUCUCCUUCCCCAACGCUGACACAUCAGACUACGAGAAUAUCCCCGCCCAGACUCUCAACUCCGACUAUGAGAACAUCCAGAUCCCCUCUCGGAGGCCUGUACGACCGGGGACCUUUGCAGAGUUUUUUGAUCAUCCGAGUCGGGCGCUGUCUUCUGCCAAUGACACAGAUGGUUAUGUGGAUAUGAGUAGCUUCCCUGGGUAUGAGAGAAAUGCUCAAUCGUCUGAGCAGGAGCCUGAAAGUGCCUAUACAGAAGCCUACACCGUGUGCUCCCUAGCUGUUGGUCCCCCUGGUGGGUCAUCGGGUGAAGCGAGGGGAGGGACAGCUGAGGAGGAGGACCAAGAACGCACCUCUGAGGAGGAGGAGGAGGGAGGAGAAGAUAACACAUAUGGCAGACAGAGCGAUGGUCAUUCCAGAGCCUUCUACAUUGCCAAAGAGCUGGUGGACACUGAGAGAUUACAUGUGAAAGCCCUCAAGCUUCUCCAGGUGGACUUCAGGGAGGCGGUGGGGGCUGCAGUGGGGGAUGAGGGGGAUGCUGUGCUGGAGGAGGAGAGGCUAAAGGAGAUCCUCAACAAGCUGCCUGAUGUUUACACUCUGCACCGCAGAAUCCUCACCGAGUUAGAGAACCGCAUCCGACAGUGGGAAGAGAGCCAGAGGAUUGCGGAUGUCAUCCUAUCCAGGAAGUUGGAGUUUGUGGUCUUCACGGCCUACAUUGGUCACUACGACCGCAGCAUGAGCCUGCUGGACGAAAGCUGCCGGACCUCGCCCGCCUUCUCAGCCAUCGUCAGCCAGUAUGAGCAGCAGAGUCCAGCAGGUGACAAUGUCUCUCUGAAACACCAGCUUCUGCAGGUCAUCGUCCGUGUGGCUCAAUACCGCAUGCUCCUCACCGAUUACCUCAACAACCUCUCCCCAGACUCCAAAGAAUACGAAGACACACAAGCUGCUCUGGUGGUAGUCUCAGACAUUGCAGAUCAAGCCAAUGACAGUUUGAAACAUGGGGAGAACCUGCUACGUCUUGUCAACAUAGAGUACAGUGUUGGAGGCCAGAGGGAUCUGCUCCAGCCUGGCAGGGUGUUUGUGAAGGAGGGCACUCUGAUGAAGGUCAGCAGGAAGUGCAGACAGCCACGCCACCUGUUUCUGAUGAAUGAUGUGCUGCUGUACACCUACCCUCAGCAGGAUGGGAAAUACAGACUGAAGAAUAGCCUCCCACUGACUGGGAUGAAGGUCAGUAAACCCAUCAUAGAGAAUGUACAGAAUGCUCUGAGUAUCGAGGGAGCAGACAUCUCCAUCACCUUGGCAGCCAGCUCCUGUAGUGAGAGAGAGGACUGGUUCCACACUCUGAGUCGGACAGUGUCUGACCACGCCAGAGGACCUGCCCCAUUCAGCAGCUGCUCUGGAGAGGUGAGGAGGACUUUGACUGGGAGACGGAGAAUACAGAAAAGUGACGCUCGCAAUGCCAGAGAGCGUCAGUGGCUGUCCCUGGGGGAGAAGGCUCCUACUCUGGUGCCUGUAUCCCAUGUGAUGAUGUGUAUGAACUGCACCUCAGACUUCAGCCUCACACUGCGAAGACACCACUGCCACGCCUGCGGGAGGAUUGUGUGUCGGAGCUGCUCCAGGAACAGAACCCCUCUGAAGUACCUGGAGGACCGCAUGGCCAACGUGUGUGACCACUGUUACAGCGAGCUCCAGAAGAGAGGAGCAAAUGUGUCUGGGGUGAGUGGUACUGACAGUCCUCGUUCUAAUCGCCGCUCCAUCCGCCCGCUCUCUGCCGUCUUCCAGAACUUUCACCCUCCCAGCCUGUGGAGACGCAAGGGCACCGCCUCUCUGACCCAGGUGAGUGUGUCAGAGGAGGGCUCUAUGAGCGGGACUCUGCAGCGCAGUAAGAGGAGCAAGAGGAACUGGAAGAGGCUGUGGUUCCUCCUCAAAGACAAGGUGCUUUACACCUACCAGGCCUGCGAGGAGAAGGUGGCGUCUGAGAGUUUGCCUCUGUUGGGCUUCACAGUGAAGCUGCCAGACAGGCCAGGUGGAGCGGAGACUACCAACGUCUUUGAGCUGUACCACAAGAAGACCCUGUACUACACCUUUAAGGCCGAGGACAGCCACACUGCUAAGAGAUGGGUGAACGCCAUGGAGGAAGCCACAGUUUUAUAGCAGUGGCCAUCUUGGGUGGGUUGUUGAGUCUGUAUCUUUGGAUGUGCAUCACUCACCUUCCAGACUUACCCUGGGGACCUCACUGCCACUCUCCUGCUACACAUAGCAGUGCCUCAGAAUGCCUGAAUGUAAAACAAAAAGGGAAGAGUAAGAGGGAGGAAUAUGUUAAUUUUGCCUUUAGUCAGCUGUGACGGCUGUGUCUUACUGUGUGUGGACCGAGAGAGGAGAGAAGGAAACAUGGUGUUCUUAAAGGAGGGGACACGCUCGCCUACUUUGUAACCCUCCAAUGUCCCCGUCCCGCUGCUACGGAAGGUGUGACACCCAGAGCCAAGUGAGGAGCUGGCACGGAUAUGUUCCGUUCUGGAAAAUUCCACCAAGACUACCUAUGACCCCCCCCAAAACACACACACACACUUUUCAUGGAAUUAACUACUCUGGAUUACUUAUAAAAAUGGAAGGAAAAUGGCAUGCAAAAGAAAUGCUGGAUUUAUUAAAGCAAAGAAGAAUAUGUUGGUUGAUAUCAAGCUAUCACUACAUUGACAUGUUUUUGACAUGAAGAGCCCUGAUAAGGGGUUACAUUUGAGGGUAAAGAAGACAAGACAGAAAAAGAACAUUAGCAGUAAGUGUGUUUAAACUGCAUGUCCUACUAGAUGAAGAAUCUGUUAUUAAUACACGUUGAACACAUGUCAACGUGACUGUAUCUUAAUGUGAUGUCAGAAGAAUCAGAUUGGAUCUCCAGGUAUUAUUACACCAUCCACCAAGGUCUGAGGUCGUAGGGUCAUUCACCCCUCCCGGGUCGACCCAGUAUGUGCUUCCAUGUUCACAGUGCAAUACAGCCUUUGUAAACCAACAUGGCGGUACUUUAAAAGAUCUCUAUUUACUGAAUGGACACCCUAUUUCUAUCCUUUUAUCAGAACACGUUUCUGCACUGGACUUAGCCAGCUUCACGUGCCUGACAUUUUGAAGCACAGGUUCUGCUCAAAGUAUGACUAUUGUCUUGUAUUGUUUUACAUUUAAUGUGUUUCUUAGCUACAUAUUUUCGCCAUGUACUGUAUUUUCUGAAAUGGCCUUACAUACAACAAUUAGUUCAUGUAAAUACAUAUGUAGAGAUUUUGAUUUAGCUUUUUUUGCACUCAUAAAAGAAGAAUGGAACUGAAAGAGCAAUGUAGUGAAGUGCACUCUUCUAAAUGUUAUUGUUUGAUCAUCUGUCUUGGUCAGCCUGUGCCAAACUCACUAAGCCCAGUGCCUGGAGUUCGCUCUCUGUGUUAGCAAACCAUGGAUAUAUCAAUUAUAUCAGAUCAAUGACAAAAAAGAGGCUUGUCCUCAACGUUAAGUUGCAUAAUAUGUCAAAUUCCUAUUUGUACCAAGCCUCAGCUCCGCCUUAUAAUGGGAGUGGUUUCCCUGAUGUGAAACACUGCUAUCAGCCAUAAUCACUGUAGUGGACUUUGAAAUGGAUGAGUUAUUUAUUUCAAACUGUUGGGGUUUCUCAAACAAGUAAAGUGGAUAUCCUUUGUGUGUA